AUGCCAAGUCAACCCGGCAGUGUUCUUCUGUUAAAUGAUUUGGCCACGGACGAGCACUCUCCCUCGCAGCUUGCUGGGAGUGAUCCUCCUCUGGGUGACCUCAGCUUGCCGGGUCUAACGGUAGACUGGGACCAGCUGUAUAAUUUAGCGACGAACGAGCUCUCUUUCCCACAGCAACCGGGAAGUGAUAUUCAAUUGAACGAUUUGGCCACGGGCGAGCUCUCUCCCCCACAGCAACCGGGAAGUGAUCUUCCAUCGAACGAUUUAGCCACGGGCGAGCUCUCUCCCUCGCAGCUUGCUGGGAGUGAUCCCCCUCUGGGUGACCUCAGCUUGCCGGGUCUAACGGUAGACUGGGACCAGCUGUAUAAUUUAGCGACGAACGAGCUCUCUUUCCCACAGCCUGGAAGUGAUAUUCAAUUGAACAAUUUGGUCACGGGCGAGCUCUCUCCCCCACAGCCUGGAAGUGAUAUUCAAUUGAACGAUUUGGCCACGGGCGAGCUCUCUCCCCCACAGCAACCGGGAAGUGAUCUUCCAUCGAACGAUUUAGCCACGGACGAGCUCUCUCCCUCACGGCUUGCUGGGAGUGAUCCUCCUUUGGGUGACCUCAGCUUGCCAGGUCUACAGAUAGACUGGGACCAGCUGUUUAAUUUAGCGACGAAUGAGCUCUCUUUCCCACAGCAACCUGGAAGUGAUCUUGAGUCGGACGACCCUGUGGCACCAUCUUUUCGCUGUGAUCAGAAUUCGGUACCAAUCCUUGGGGGCUUUAAUCAAUGCUGGAAGCAACCUGAGCGUUCAUCUUCGCCGAGAUCACCUGUAGCCUUGGGGUCAUUGUACCAGAAACCUUCUUAUUAUCCUAACAGGAGCGUUCAAGUCAAGUAA